CAUCUUUAGCGCUUUGAGCGUUCUUGUAUCUAUAGUAUCGUUUAGAAGAGGCUGAGCAUUAUGCAGCCUGGGGUGUGUUGGCACCUAUGCGGCUGUGCAUUACAAACUCCACCUGUCCCUCACCGGUUUCUGUUAGCCUUCGAGUGCGUAUAUUCACCUUUGAUACUCUCCAGAUUAUAACUCGUUCUAGCUAGAAACUGAUACCUCCGCAUGCUAAAGUAUCCCAAGUCAUGCAACCCGCGCCAUCGAAUUCCUCGCAGCCAGCCUUGCCAGCUUCAGCUCCAGACCCCGCUUCGGCCUCGUCAACAUCACAUCAAACUCAAACUGCGACACCCUCGGUAAGUCAAUCAAACGCAACGAGCACACCUGCGUCCUUGAGCCCACGUGCGACCUCGAGCCCAUCGCCCAGCCCACCAAAUAGAGCUCCUAGCGCAACGUCGUCAUCCACGACUCAAAACGACACAGCAACUCACCUCGCUCCUGUACGUGUGAAGUUUGACAGCCUGCCUCAAUGGCUGCGGAAAGAUUGGGAUUUGAAACUUCUUGCAUUGCUUGCGCUGGUGUGGGGCAUCAAGACGUAUAACGAGCAAAUACGCGGUAACAAGCUUAAUGAGAUGGAGGCUUGCAGAAACCACCCAAAUAAUCCAGCAUUACAAAACACCUCACUGUGCACUGAGAUGAGAAAGGCACACGACUUCGAUGAGCUUGUUAGAAGAAGCACUGAACGCGUUCCGGAUAUUGUGUACUACCCACUUGUAUGGCGAGACAUCUUUAGAGCAUUCUUUCCUGUUCUUCUUGUCAUUCUCGCUGUAUGGAGAAGUCGGCGGAACAUGGACUCAUCUCGCCUGGGGCAUGAUCAAAACACCUUACGCCCGAACCUACGACCUGCUGCAGCAACCUUUGAUAGAUUGCCUUAUGCCACAGAAUCUCUAGAAGCUAUUGACUUCUACGAAAAUGCGCCUCUAGAUCACUUCCUCGACGUCCACAGAUGGAGUGAACGAAAGCAAAUGUCCAAGAUCUUCCGGACAUUGUUUAAGUUGUUCGGAAGGUUUCAUCACGAGUUUCAGGUGGUGAGUCGUGCAGAAAUAGCCUGUAUGGUUAGCAAGCUGAAGUGAACGCUCGCAGAUCUCGAACCCGUGCCUACACUAUGAGCGAUUGUACCGU